CAGAUGGCGCAGGUUUCGUAAAGCAACAUCGUCCGCCAUGCCAAAUGGUUCAGUGUUAACAUCAUGAUGUGGCAUAAUGUUGUAAGUUAGUGCCGUAUAGAAGCCGGCAACGGCAGUUUUUCGUUAUGUAAAAUAUAAAUGCCGCUUCCUCGUUAAUCGACAGUUUCGUAUAACCGUACAAACGCACCGAUACGUGCGUUUUCGUUUUCGUAGCUCGUUCGCUACAUUACGUAUUUUCAUCGUACCGACUUUUGUUUUUUUUUUCGCUGUGGCAACAACGCGAUAAACACGAUGAUGGAACCAGGAGUACUACCAGAACUUGAGGAAUUGACCCUCUGCAGUUUUUGCAAGCAGAAGUUCAAUGACUCAGAUCUUUGCCCGAAGUUCCUAAGUUGCAAACACUACUUCUGCCUCAAGUGUAUCCAAACUGCCCUAAUGAAAGGUCGUGAGUUGUAUUGUGUUCACUGUUGGAAGCGCACUGAGCUCGGUGAACAAGGUGCAGAUACUCUGCAAACAUAUGGUGCAGUGCUAACACUUGCGAAGAACUUCACAGCCCUGAAGAUUGGUCCAGGAGCUGGUGGAGGGAACAAACCUCCAGACAAAGACCGCAAGGUAUUGCCAAGUGAGAAUUGCCAUACACAUGGGAUGCCAUUGGCGUUAUGGUGUCAUACAUGUUGUGCUGCCAUCUGUCGGGCAUGCGCAACACAGCAGGAUCAUCCAGGUCAUCAGGUCAAAUCUCAGGGGGAAGCCAAAGAACAGCUCGUCUCAGAGGUUCAGUUAGAACUCGUUGCAAUGGGUAAGAUGCUGUCUGAAAUCCAACGUUUGGCAAUGCAGCAACGGGACUUCUUGCUUAAAGUCCUGGAGGCUUGUGUCACUCUCAAGACACAUGUUGAGACAGAUCUUCAAAAUGGUUGGAGCCAUCAACCAGAAGUGACAGAGGCACGUGAGACACUGAGCAAGGCACGGGCUGGCCUUGCUGGUGUAGAUGGUCCUGGUGAUGCUCAUGUUCUCUAUUCAUCUCUCUCUCUAGAGAAGCAGCGACUUCAAGGAAAGUAUCAAGAGAUGUACCUGCAGUGCCAGCUGGAUGAUUUGAUUGGUAAUUCUGGAGUGGUGUUUGACUUUGGCCUGCUGAAACAAGCUCUGGCUAAUAUUCAUUCAGGGGAGCCUCCUGCACCACAGGGUGGUCCAGGUCGGCAUCCCCACCAUGUAGCUGCUGCCCAGAAUCCUAUCCUCUUCCUGGCCAAUUAUUGCAUGUCACAGUUGUAUUCCCGACAUGUUUUGACAAAGCAGCAUCACUUGCAGCAGAAUGGAACUGUGGAAUAUCACCACCCUCCAGUGCAUCAAAUACCUCAUCAUCUUGUUACCCCACCACAUCCUCCACCACCUCAACACAUUGUUGUUGCUGCUCCUGCCCCCUCAUCUGUUGGCAACAAACCUCCACCUGCCCUUCCUCCUGCAGUCCAUCAUGCACAACCACCACCUCCUCCCCCCUAUGGACAAGAACCAGGAGUCGUGGCAGUCCAAGUCCAGUCUCCUCCCCAACCAGUCAUGACUAUCAAUGUCCGUAGUCAGCCAAACCCAUAUCCACUCUACUUUUUCAGCAUUGAUGUUAACGGCUCUCCUCAUGGACGCAUUGUUAUUGAAGUUCGUCCUGAUGCAGCUCCAAAGAUGGCCAAGAACUUUGGUGUGCUCUGUACAGGGGAGAUGGGUGUUAGCUACAAGGGCUGUGCUGUUUUCCAAUGUUGGGAAGGAGAAUCAGUCAUCACAGGAGAUUUUGAGCUCAACAAUGGACGAGGUGGAAGAUCCAUCUAUGAGGAUGGCUACUUCAUGCCUGAUGACACUAAGUUCCCUGCAGUGCGCGGUGCUGUGGGAAUGAGGCGCACUCAGAAGCGUCAUGACAACCUAGGAAUGGUUGGUUCUCAAUUUCGCAUCAUUUUGCAGGAGAUGAGAGGCUUUACUGGGAUCUUUGGUCACGUUGUUGAAGGCCUUGAUCUGGUAGAGAAAAUUUCUACCUUUGGAGACCAGACGGGUAAACCAACCAAAACCAUUGUCAUUACAAAAUGUGGCAAACUAUAAAAGGUAUUCCAGCAGUUUGACUCACAGGUUUGCUGUAUUCCAUUCUAGUAUCCUUGUUUCUCUUUCCCAUAAGAAGUCUGAGAACAUAGCGUUCCUUGAGUUAUUGUAAACCUAACAAUGGGAAUAUAUGAUGUUGAUGCAAAAUAUUUGGUAAGUGUACUGCUGGCUUCACUGAUCUGUUAACACAGUCCAUCAUAUGCAUUGUAAUAAUGUGAAGAGAACAAACUUUUGUAAGGCCCAGAACUGGCAUAAAAAUAAUAGGAAAAAUGGGGCAUUUAUUAGCAAAGCAUCUUGGUUAGGUGCAAGUACAACUUACAUAGAUGAAAAUAUUCUUAUAAUGGGGAAAGUGUUGAUAUAAGCAAAGAUGAUCGUUUAAUUUAGAGAGCUUUGCUUAUUUUUUACCAUGAUGCUCGAUAACUUUUUGUAAGGAAUUAAAAUAUUAUCGAUUUACGUGUCCUUAUCGUUCAUGUGUAUAGCAGUUGAUCUCAAAGUGCGAAAUUACAAGGCCUAACUAGGUAGAAGACAAAUGGCUAACCAAUGCGUGUGUAUGUAUGCAUAAAAUAUAGAAUAACUAUCUUUUUAUUCGUCAGUUACUUUAUUUUCUUCGUUAUUCUUCCCUCCAACUUUCGAAAGGUUUUGGAGAUUCGUUUUCGACGAUCGAUAUCGAAGCGUAAAUGUUCUCGCAUCCAUUCCUUCUCUUGAUCGAAACAAUAUUCGUGAAUCUGCCGAAUAACCGUUCGUCCACCCGCAUUCUUGAUCAUUAACCAGAGUUAACUUUGAUCGAGUAGUCUAGAAGAAAGGUCCGGUGCAUCUUUAUAUCGUUGCCUGGUAAUCGUCGUUUCGAAAUCGUUAUCAUAAGCAUUAGUUUAUUUUUAGAUCGAGGGGUAGAUUUGUCAUGGUUCCAUAAAAUAUGUGUGUAAUGUACCAUUAGUGUAGGCCUUACAGUAGUCUGUUUCAUAGAUAUCAAACUACGGAAUUGUCGCUGUUUGUUGGGCAUCUCAUCUUUGGGACUAAGAAAUGUUGCUGUAAGCAUUUUUUUUUUAUUAUUAAAACACUAAUUGCAGAUGGUUCCAUCAUUUGUUCUUUUUUCUUUCUGUCAUAAUUUAUAUAAGUUUUAUUUAGAGGGGCAUACAGUAGUUUGAGAUUCCAUGUGAAUGUGGUUUUGGUUGUUGUGGAGCAUAUGAAUUUCAGUUUGUUUUGAAUUGUUUACCAUUAAGUGUAAUGGUUCCACCAUGUAAUAUGUCUUCAAGUAUUGUAUGCACUUCGAGAAGAAUAACGUAUUCUUAUGAUAGAAAUUAAUGUGCAUUGCAUAUUCCUUAGUUUGUUAGGUCUCUGGGACCGGCAACCUAAUAUCAUUUCACUGUUUCAAAGGAUGGGUGCACAUCACUGUACUUUAUGUUAAGUUUGACGAGGUGAUGCUCCGACUGCAGUAUCAAUAGUCAUUUCAAUACCUGCUGCUAAGCAAGAGCUUUGACAUUGUACUAUAUUUUUGAUGUUCACACCAAAGUGGAAUUACAUGUAUUUAAACCCAAAAUUAGCGAAAAAGACGUCGCAAUGGUGACUUUUCUUUUUAUUGUUUUUAUGCAAGUGAAGACAUGUUAAGUUUUAGAAUAUCAUACAUAAUAAUUGAUACUGGGUUGCCUUCCUGCUACUGAAGCAAAAUUGUCAGUCAAAAACAGUCGGAAAACCAUCCUUGUUUGUGCCUUAUAAUCUUAGCUGCAAAUGCUUCCCUAGUUUUAUGAACGUGGUGUUAAAAUGUGUAGCUCAUAGCUAGUUUAAACACGAAUAAUAGGUUAAAAAAAACAGUAAAUCUUGUUAACGUCCAGAAAUGCAUAAAUACAUCUGUGUACCUUACGAAAUUAAAAUAGUAUGUAUGCUGACAGUUAUACAGAAUAACACAGUUUCAUGAUGCUCCUAGUACUUAAAUGUAGCAAGCCUUUUUUUGUCCUUUUGAAACUUCUCUCUCCAUCUCCCUGUGGCAUUACAUUAGGGUAUCCUACAGGAUGCCACAUGAUAAACUGUAACGAGCAAACUGGCAGGGACACAUUCCAUUGUCGCUUCAAGUGAUUGAAACGAAUCUUGAGAGGCAGGGCUAAGCCAAUACUGUACUAUGUUGUCAAUGCAUAAUUUCUGAGAGAGAAAAUCAUUGGAUCAUCACCUUGCGAUAAUAUCAUUCAUUGUUGCACUGAAGAAGUGCCUUAAAAUUUUGUGAUAAAACUCGUGUAGCGCCGUUCGAUGGAAAUAUAUGCAAAAUGGGAAAAAUGAAA